AUGUUCUCUAUCGGAACACAUAGCCUCUUCCUCUCUAUGGGCGGGGUCGCUCGUAAAACUGGAGAGCCGCUUGUUAUCUUUUUCGCAGGCGCAGGAGACGUCGCCUCGUCAUACGUUGCAGUCGAAAGGCUCGUUGGUACAUUUGCACCCGUUGUCCUUUAUGACCGUUCCGGCCUAGGACGCAGUCAAGAUGGGCCUACGAAGCCAACGGCCACGACAGCAGCCACUGAGCUGCAUCAAUUGCUACACAGUGCGGGUCUGACUCCGCCUCUUCUCUUAGUUGCUCACUCCUAUGGUGGUAUUAUUGCGCGCGAGUACCUGCACCUCUACCCGGAGGAAGUGGCCGGCAUGGUUCUCGCGGAUGCAUCGACGGAGAGGCAAGCUGAGUUAUUGGACGAUCCAGAUCUGGACAUCAACGCUGUACUGGGUGACCUUAAGUUCAGCCAGGUCACAGGGUUACGCGAUAGUGCUCGACUCUCUCGAGACGAGUGGAGGGCUCGUGCAGCAGACAUUGCACGAGGAAUCUCGACAUCCCAAGCUGAAUCUGCAGAUGCAGUCGAAUUCUGUAAUACACUAGGGAGCAAGGAGCAGUACAGGAACCAUGCACUAGGGGUUAGACCCUUGAGUGUAAUACGGUGCCAUGGCUCUCAAGACUACCGACGAAUAUAUGAAAAGGGUGUGGAGGCGGGCAACGGUACUGAAGCGCAGCGGGCGGCCUUUCGCAGACUACUCGACCGCUGGGACCACUAUGAUCAGCGUGCGCAGGGUGAACAACUCCGAUUGUCGUCCAAUAGUCGUCUUACCUACCUUCCUGACUGCGGUCACCAUGUCCACCUUAUCCGUCCUGAUGUAGUUGCGUUUGAGAUCCGAUGGGUGAGGGACCAAAUAUUGGAAAAAAGGUCAGCGCAGAGACUCUAG